AAUGCAGAAUUGUUGGUAAACACAAAAACAUAACUACAGAGAACACAAGGUUUAGCAUCUGGAAUAGGAAUUACAAUCAUUCAAUGAAAAUCAGAUGACAAAUUUUAGUUUUUACAACCUCGUUUUAUUGUUGUGUCUAUCAUUUGUAAUCUAUUAUAGUCUCAAUAUAUAUUUGUUCAAUGAUCUACAAUCGACUGUGUCAAAAAGUGAUUUCAGUUUGGCAGAACAUCAUGCAUUAUCGAAGCAGGUCACCAAAGGAAACUCUUUUUCCAAGAAUACGACUUCAAACAGUCUCCUUUCAGUACACAAGGCAAUCGUCGUUAAAUCGAAGAUAUUGAAACCAGUUUUCCGGAACAAAAAUCCCAAGUACAUCGCCAUCAAACAGAAGCUACUUAGUUGUUUUUUUCCUAAAACAUAUAAUUCGAGCAGCGUAUGGAAGAUCGCAAACUCGUGGCCAAAUGCAAAUGUAGUUUUCCCAUCCACGGAUAAACUAAUCGGAGCAGUUAUAAAUGCAUUGACGACGGAUUCUAUCCAUAGCAUGAAAAAUUCUCGAAGAGGAACGCAAUUAAAGCUGGUAUUGGAGCUUACCAACUCGCAAUUAGUACUUUUUAAGCCAAGUUGGUAUUCGCGUGACGAAAUUAUGAAUGGCUCUGUAUACUCAGGAAAAGACAGACAUAACUCGGAAAUAGUUAGCUUUCAUCUUGCAGCCAUUCUUAAUCUUCGAUACACACCGAUAGUAGCUGGACGCCGAAUUUCUUUGCGCGAUAGUAUUAAAUAUGCAGAUGCCGAGCUGCAACAAACAAUGCCAGUGGUUAAUAAUCUUCAGUGCGUGUAUGGUGUUUGUCAUUUUUGUAAAAGCGAUGAAAUUGUAUGUGAUGAUCAGCAAAAUGGAACGCUUGAAGGAGCUGUUCUAUUCACCAUUCCGGGGAAAAUUAUCAAGUAUAGAUCCCCGUGGCAGCGCACGUACAAAGAGCAAUUGAAGGCUGAAUGGGAAAAAAAUGACAACUACUGUGCGCUCAUCAGCAAAAAACUGAAUUUUGAUGUUCUUUUAGAUCUAAUAGAUGCAGCCAUAUUUGAUUUUCUAAUACAAAAUGGUGAUAGACAUCAUUACGAAACGCGCGAAAAUCGGGUUUUAUUGCUGGACAAUGGAAAAGGGUUUGGUAAUCCAUUUGUUGAUCAUAUAGAUAUACUUGCACCUUUAUAUCAAUGUUGUUAUAUCCGACGCACAACUUGGGAGAGGUUACUAAUAUUUUCUGGAGGAGCACUAAGUGAAACUUUGGAAGAAUUAAACAAGCUGGACAGUUUAUAUCCUCUCCUAAACAAAAACCACUAUGUUGCUAUUGAAAGACGACUUCUUUAUAUUUACAGCACGGUUGAGUUAUGUAGAGAAAAGUUUGGCAAUAAAACUUUGAAAUAGUUUUACUCAA